CAGUCAGUUAAAAGUGUUCAUCAAACCCCAUCGUUUCUCUCCUCCUACACGAAUGUGUCUUACAAAAUUCUUUGUAUCACAUACAGUUGUAGAUGUCGCUGGUAAUCGGGAACCAUUGUGUCUGUGAAGGCCAAUAGGACACGAGGAUAUACUAUACAUUUAAGCAGAACGUAUAUAAACGUAUAUAAGAGGAAAUGCAAUUGGUGGAAUGUGAAUAAAGCUUCGGGACACCGCGCCACCCGCCAUAACGUUCGUAGCGUGCGGUGACUAAUAGUCUGGUUUGAAAAAACGAAUUUGUGUUGCGUAUAUUUUUUAAAAAUAAUUAAUAUUGGAAAAAAAAAAUUCCAGUGGUUGGUGAGUGUACUGAUUAUUUUUAAAAGUUUAUUUUGUUUUUUGUGGAGUUUGUUGUACAUAUGUAUCAUUAAAUGGAGAUGGAUGUUGUCCAAAAGUUGAAUUUUGAUGCUGAUGAUUUUGAAGACGAGGAGUUGAAUAUCAGCUGUCGUACAAAUAGCUCGGGAUGCGAUGUAGAUGAUCAUCUUGAUUUGUCCGCCGAAGAAUUUUCACCACUUCAGAGAAAAUUAUCAUUUGGACAAUCGAUGGAUUGCAGUGACAGUGAAAGUAAUACUCCUGACAGUAUUGCUGACUGUAAAACAACCCCGGCAGUAGUUGUGACAGGCCCUAUAGGAAUUAGAAAUCCUUAUAGAGACAAUGGUCCCCAGUCAAAAGUUGCUAUGGCCAGCAGUCCACCUUACAAAAGAGUCCGAGCUCUCAGGUUAUUUGAUUCGCCGGCAACCCCCAAAACAUUAGUAGAAAAAAGCACAAUGCAUACUCCAGUACCGGCAAAAUGUACCAGGUUGUUUCCAUCAGACAAGCCGAGAUCUCUGUCCUCGGGGUUUCUUCUGAAGCCUGAUAAACCCGCGGUGAAUGUAAAUCCUUUCACUCCCAAUGGCAUGUUAAUUACUGCCCGAAAGCGGAGUAGGUCCAAGCGCAGUCUCAAUGGAUCGCCGGACAUGAGAAUACCCAAGUUUGAUCUCGCGGAUUCAGGGGAGUCAGACCACGAAGUGGAAAAUCCGACGAAACGAGUGGCACUUCAAGAGUCAAAUAUACCAAGAUAUCAUCAAGAGUUUCUUGAGGAAGGACUGAUUGGAGCUGGUGAAUUCGGAUCAGUGUAUAAAUGCAUUAAUAGACUAGAUGGUUGUGUAUAUGCGAUUAAAAAAAGUUUAAAACCGGUGGCUGGUAGUGUAAGUGAGAAAACUGCUCUGAAUGAAGUAUACGCACAUGCUGUUCUCGGUAAACAUCAGCAUGUCGUACGGUAUUAUUCAGCUUGGGCGGAAGAUAAUCACAUGAUUAUUCAAAACGAGUACUGCAACGGCGGCAGUUUGGCCGAUGUAAUUACACAGCUUAGAAAGGAAGGCAGGUCGUUCUCGGAACCUGAAUUACGACAAUUGCUGCUCCAUGUUGCGGAAGGUUUGCGGUAUAUACACAGCAUGCAACUCGUGCACAUGGACAUUAAACCUGGUAAUAUAUUUAUAACAAAAGAAAAACCAAUGCAUUCUGUUAAUUAUGACUCUGCGGACGAUGGUUUUGAUGAAGAAGAAACUAUUGAAGAAGAAAUAACGUAUAAAAUUGGUGAUCUUGGACAUGUUACCUCAAUAAAUGACCCUCAGGUUGAAGAGGGAGACUGUAGAUAUUUACCAACUGAAAUUUUGCAAGAAGAUUUUUCACAUCUUACCAAAGCUGAUAUAUUCGCGUUAGGCUUAACUGUUUACGAAGCUGGAGGAGGAGGUCCUUUACCAAAAAACGGUCCUUUGUGGCAUGAAAUCAGGAAGGGAAAUCUUCUGGAACUACCUCAGCACAGUCGAGACCUAAAUGAUUUAUUAAAAUUAAUGGUUCAUCCAAAUCCCGAAACAAGACCAUCAGCAUUAUCACUGAUCCAGCACCGAGUAUUAUGUCCUGUUGGAAACAAAACCAAAGCUCAAUUACGUCGUGAACUGAAUGCCGAAAAAUUAAAAAAUCAAAUUCUAACACAACAAUUACAAGAAGCCGCUAAAUGUAUUAAAAAAAUUGCACCAAAUGUUGCAGCCCUCAGUAAUAAUAAUAAUAAUAAUAUUAAUUCUGGUGGUUAUCAAUUACGACAGACGGCUACAAGAGCAUCAACACGAGCUUUGGGAAAAAAAGUUAAUCGUAGCAGUAGUACAACUAAUUUUUAAAAUUAAUCAUCACACAUGCUUUAUUGUUUUUGUGAUUAAGUGAUGACAAAAAUAUUUGGUUCCUAGAGGUGCCUUUUUGUUGUGAUAUCUCAUUAAUUUUAGUUAGCAAGUAAAACAAUUUAAAUAUUUAAAAUUUAGAGACAAAUUAAACAUAAUAAUAAAUUUUUAAAUUCGAAUUUUUAGUAUACGCAGAGUAAAAUAUUCAUAAAUUAUUAAAAUUAUAAUGUAAAUUUUAAGUUUUUUUUUUUUUGUUUUAUUACUUUUUUUUUUUUUUUUUUUUUUUUUUUUAAACGUAAGCGUGAACUAGUUUUCUGAAAGUGUUUCUUUGAUUGAAUUUUUAAUUUUUUUUUUUAAUAAAAUAGUGAAUCAUUAACUCUAUUAUUUUUUUUCUAUAAAAAAAAAAUAAUUUGAAUUGAUAAUGAUUAGUUAGCAUUGCAAUUUUAAAAUUAAUCAUUGCAUAUCUCAAUGAAAUUUUUUUUUCCAUAACAUAUUUUGAAAAUUUUCUAUGCAUGCUAAUCUUAUUCAAUUUUUAAGUAUUACACAAUUAUUUUUUAAUAUCUUAUCAUGAAAAAAUUUAUAAUUAAUCUUAAUAUCGAUUAUGUAUUUUUAUUUUUAUUUUACUUCAUUUUUUACUCAUAAUAAUAAAUGAAAAAAAAAAAAAAAAAAUACUGACAUGUAUGUCAAGGUCAGGGAAACUAGUUUUUAAAAAUAAAAUUUUUCAAUUUAAAUACACUAUAGUAUAAGCAGAAAAAAUAUCAAUUUAUUUAAAUUUAUUUACAGAUAAUACAAUCACAAGUAUAUUGUAAAUUAUAUAUGUUUUAAGUUUAUUAAUUACUUUUAAUGAUAUAAAUUAAUAAUUUUUAAUUAUCCAUGUAUCUAAACUAAACAAGUUGUUUACUCUGCGUACAAUUACAAUUAAUACGAAUAAAAAAAAUGAUACUAAUUAGAGAAGAAGCAAAAUUUUUAUUAUUAUAAAAUUAAAUUAUUUUUGUAGAAUUUUUAAGCGUCUUAUUUUAACAAUUCGCCACAAACGCCAUGUCUAUAUCUUAUAUACAAAUAAAUUAUAUUUUAUACAUAAUUAAAAAAAAAAUAGUCUUGUAAAGUAACGAUAAUAACGAAAGUACGUAAUGUUAAGUGUAAUUAACUGUUGAGCAUUUUGCAUUCUUUCGUAUACGAUUUCGCUGACUAUUAUAAUUAUUAUCAUUAUUAUUUUAAUUAUUAAUUAUUACUUAUUACUAUUAUAAUUAAUUACAAUUAUUAUUGUUUGAACGUUUCUAUUAGCCUAAUUAAUUAAUCAAUUAUUAUUAUUAUUUUUUUCGACGCUGGUCCACUAAAAAUCGAUCAAGUUUUUUACUUGUUUAUUUUUUAUUUAUUAUCAAUUGUUGCUAACUAUUAAUGAGUACUAUUAACAAAACCGACGCUUUUAUAUCUUUAUAAUAAUUAAAGAAAAAAAAAAUAAUCAAAUAAUUAGACGUCAUUUUAAUUAACAAAAAAUUACAAUAGACAUUUUUAUUUAGUCCCGCUUGAGUCGUUAAGCGGCAAGACGAAAAUAUUGAUGUGUAAAAGAAAUAAAUAGAUAACAAGAGAAAAUAUCUGGAUAAAUUAACUGUAAAUGCUGUGGUAUAGUUAAAAAAAUUAAUGAAUUUAAUAAAGGGAAUAAAGAAAAAUAUUAAGUGAGACAAAUAAAUACUUGAGGGUAGACCCCGACAAGUUGCUGCAUGCGGCAUUGGCCAUUAUCAGGCGAUCAAUAAAUUGUUAUCUCUAAUUGAACACUAUUAAUAAUUAUUAAUAUUAUUAUUAUUAUUAUUUUAUUACUUUCUUAAAAAAGAUUGAGAACAAAUAAAAAAAUGUUCCAAGCA